AUGGAUUUCGUGAAACUUCUCGGCAGCGGCUCCUACGGUUCCGUCAGUCUCUACAAGUUCCAGAAACGCGACGGCACGCUCCAUUACACCGCCGUGAAGACAUCAGGCUCGAGAGAAUACGAGGAGCUGAACAAGGAGAUGCACAUUCUCUCCAAACUCCGUGGAUGUCCUAGAAUCGUCCAAUGUUAUGGGGACUCCCUGCAAGAAUCUGUCACCAAAGACGGUGUAGUAUACAGAAUGCACCUGGAGUAUGCGGAGCGUGGAAGCCUCAGAUCGUUCGUGAACGGCCACGACAACGGGAGAUUGUCCGACGGGAUGAUCAUCCAGUUCACGCGUAUGAUCCUCGAAGGUCUGGUCUCUAUCCACAGCCUCGGCUACGUCCACUGCGAUCUCAAACCCGAAAACCUCCUCGUCUUCCCCACAUCAUCCUCGUCCUUCGAAAUAAAGAUUGCGGAUUUCGGGCUGUCGAGGGGCGAUGGGGAUGAAUUACCUAACUCAAUACCGUUUGCGGGCACACCGCUGUAUAUGUCGCCGGAGUCUGUCUCCGAUGGCAGAAUCGUAAAAGCCCUAGAUCUAUGGUCGUUGGGAUGCAUUGUGUUGGAGAUGUUGACCGGAGAACCGCCAUGGCCGGAGGAGCAAGACUCUGAAGAUCUCGUGGACGCCUUCCUGCUAGACCAGACACCUCAGAUUCCGGCCACUCUGCCUUCCGAUGCAAGGAAGUUUCUGGAAACUUGCCUCGCAAGAAAACCAGAAGAUAGAGGAAGUGCUUCUUCGUUGUUGGCCCAUCCCUUCUUGCGCUCAGAGGAAGAAGAGGAGACGAAGAAUCAGAAUGCGGAGGAGGAGAAAGCCGAGAGGAAGCUGUUGAUUCUCAAGAUCAAAAGGAAACCUAAACCCGAAUCGCAGUUGCAUAAUAUUGCAAAGAGACCCCUGAAGUUGAAGAUUAUUCCUCCCAAACCCCCAUAG